UCAUUCCCAGUAAUUGUGAUUAGCUCGAUGAGUAAACUGGUUGUUCCUGCUGUGUGAUAAUUAACUUAUGUGAAUCAGUGUUUUAUCGAUAUUUUACUGUAUUAUACUGCCGCGAUAAACGAUUAGUACAUAAAUAUGUAAAAAAAUUCUAACGUUGAUUUCGUGUUCAAAUGUAAUUUAUUGUAAGUAUGUAGUUUGUGAAUUGUGGAUAAUUGUUCAUUUCUUAAAUUCGCGCAGUUUCUUAUAAGUAUUGAAAAAAAAAACAUUAUAUUUUACUCCAUCCUAUUUACUUAAUAAGCCCUGAACAUGUGUUUUCCAACGUUGAAACAAACAUGCUGCUGCUGUUCGUUGAAAACAGGAAUGAUUUUUAUUUGUUGUAUUGGUAUUGUAUGGAACUUGAUGUCUUGUUUAAAUGCCUCAAAAACAGAUCCGCCUGAUUUCCUAAAAUUUCUGGACACUCAAUAUUCACUAUCCUAUGGGCAUCAUUUCGUAGAUCAUAGCCAGUUAUACUACGCCAUUCAAAUCUUUGCAUUGAUUUUCGCUUUUUUCGGCGCUGCUUUAGACUCACUUUGCUGCCUAAUUCCAUUGGUCGUGAGUGAAACGCUUAUACUUCUUAUGUAUUUUCUCGAGAUACUCACCUAUUUGUUGAAGAGUUUGAACAACGUUGAAUCGAAAGGAGACCCUCUAAUAGCACUGUUCAUUUUAUUUGUUUACCAUUAUUACGCUUGCGCGAUUAUCUUCAGUUUCUACAGCCAAGUAUCAAAAGGAGAGGAUGGACGCGAACAUGGAAUAUCAGGCGUUAUAAUCACGACAUCGACACAAACUGCAUCAUCUCCUUCUGCAUCUGCUCCAUGUCCGAAUGAUCAAAAUUUGCAGUCGGUUUCUUACGUAAAUUCUCCGUAUGCUACGCAACCUCCUUAUGCUCCUGUUGUCACUCAUGGUGAGCCAUGUUUAAUGUAUCCGCCUAAUGAGUAUGCUCAAACUGCAAUGCCAUCUGCACCUUACUACAUGCCUCAAUCUGUUGGCAUGAAUGAAAAACCACCACCGUAUGCUCCUUGAAGAAAUGCAUGUACUAUAUGCAGACUGUGGGUUGUUUACACUUGUAAGUUCAUACUUGGAAAUUCCAUGUUAAAUAUAAAAUAAAAAAUUAAACGACGAA